AUGAACUUUACAGUGAUUCCCGUCUUUGAAUUAGAUGGGAUUAUUGCGAUAGAUUUUUCAGAAGAAUUUUUUGAGAAAGAAGGAGGCAUUUUACUUGACAAAAAUGCUGUGGUGACUUUGAGGAAUAAGAAACACAUAGAGAAGUAUCACUCCUUUCAGGCGUCGAAUAAUGCGACGUUGAUUAUUCCGGGGACUUUGGCGUUGUUAUCGAAAUUAACAGUUCCACCCAAACUGAAACUUUUAAUUGAAGAAGACUUGAGUUGCAAUUCGGACUUUGUUAUGAGUGAAGGAAGUAUUUUGGAAGUCAGUGGGACACUAACUUUACUUAAGAACUGUGAGAUGAAGGAAAACACUAAAAUUGGUAUUAAAGGAGAAGUCGUGGUCCAGGGAGCCACUUUAAAAAUGACUCAAAGUACUUUACAUGCAAAUUCAAUGGAAUUUAGUGAUUCAAAUUCAGUGAUAGAAAUUGGGGAAGGCUGCGACAUGACUUUGAGUGAAAUUACUAUGGGAAGUAACUCGAUGAUGUCUUUUAAAGGCAACUCGAAGCUCAAAAUUGAAAGUGGCGAAUUUGUGUUGAAGGACGACAGUCUUUUAAAUAUUUUAACAAACACUUUGGACUUCUCUGAUAUCAAGAAAAUCGUUUUAAAAGACAAUUCAAGACUUAGUGUGAGAAAUACAGUACAAGGGACUUUUAAGUUCUGUAGCGAACUUAUUGCAGACGAUUUUUCAAAUGUGUUAAUUUCAAGUUCUAGCACAUUUGAAAUGAAUAACAUUUCUAUAUAUAAUGAUGCUCUAUUCACUGUCACAGAUUCGCCACAGAUAUCAUUUAAUAGUAUCAAUUUAUAUAGUAAAAGUACUUUAUUGAUAUCUGAAAGUGCACUCCAACUGAGAGGUAAUUCAAUGGUUUUGGCGGACACUUCAAUAUUAAAAAUUGUUAAUACGAAGACGGUAAACAAAGUUAGUACCUUCAAUUUUAAAAUCGAGUUACACACAUCUUCGAAUUUAAUGUGUCAAAGUGCACUUCCUCUUUCCUUUGAUAUUUUAAUAUCAAUUUUUGACGAAUCAAAAUUAGAAAUUGUAGACACCAACAUUAAAACUUCUGAGUUAUUGAAUAAAUUUACCAACAGUGUUGGAAUCAAUUUAUAUAACAAUUCGACGUUUUCACUCAUUGGAAAUGCGCAGAUGAAUUACUCCAAAGACGUCGUUCUUCACGAUUUUUCGACACUUUUGUUGUCAUCAAAUAAGCAAACCUUUCAACCAACGUUUUUCACUCAUAUUAUACAAGCAAAGGACAACUCCUUUAUAACCAUUCCCAAUAACUCAAACAGUGUUAUUGCAGCUCAAUUAAUCUUUUCUGAAUACAGUAAAGUCGAUAUCGGCAUUUCCUCUCAAUUUACUAUUAAUAAACCAUUAAUAACUAUUGAUUUUACUAAUCAAACGUGUCUUCUGUUAUUAACAUCUUCCUCUUCAUUUACUAUGGAGUCGGCGUGUAGAGUAUAUAUAGACUCUUGUGUAGAGAUGAAGCACGCGUCCACUUUCACUGUCAAAAACGAGAGUGUUUUAACGGUAGCGAAAGGCAUAAUAACUCGUGCCAGUGAUUAUUUUACUUCCGUUAUAAUUAUUGAGUCGACGUCACGGCUGUAUUUUAAUUGUGAGAGUUACGAUAGAGAGUACUGCCGUUUGCAUCUGAGUGAUGUAGUGAAAGAUGUGAAUUGUUACUCCGUGAGUCUUUCACGGUCGACUGUAAUUGAAGCGCCGGGGCGGUCUAUAGAGGACUACCCACUCUUCUCGAGUUCCAAUGGGAUCUUUGAAGUUGAUCCGAAGAGUUUUGAGAAGAUCACAAGUUGUGUUGACAUCUUCUCAUCGCCAUAUGGAAUUAAUAUUUUAAUUGCUUUGGAAACUUUUGCAGUAGUUGGGUAUGACGAGAGAGUCUACAGGUACUGCCCAAGUACUAUGGAAAUGUCGACUGAAGUCUUUUGCCAUAUGAAUGGGACUCAAUGGAUCGAAGGUGAUGAAGAAGAAACGGAAUACCCAUAUCCAUUCACUCAUAGACAUUGCCCUCUACCUUAUGAUAGUGCUUAUGUCAAUCACUUUAAUGUCAUCGCAGAGCACACUUAUAUCAACACUUUGAACGAAAACUUGAAUGUUAAUUUUGUGAGAAAACCGGUGUGGAUUACACAUAAUAGAACAAGUAAAAGUGUUAAGCAUAUCACAGGGAACGUCGCGGGGCUUUUCUAUAUAAACGAAUUUAAUAUCACAACAGGGUGUCCGGUAACUGAACACCUUAAUACAAGCGCCUGGGUGCAAAAUACACUGACUUUCAAUCAGUCGUGUAUCAACGAGAAGUUGCCCGACUUGCAAGUCUACACCUCCGCAUUGAUCAUUGGGACCUUCCAAAUGCGAUUUGUAACAACAACAGACGUCAUAGUGUCAUUCCACAAGAACACAACACUCGCUAAGGAAAUUAACACAUCCAAAAAUUUGACGUCGAAUAUUAUGGCGAUGUACCAGCACGGCGUCAAUUUCACUAGAUUUAACACAAAAUGUGCGGCUGGAUACGUCUUUUAUAAUAAAACGGCGUUUGUCACACAACUCAAAGUUCUGUCGGACGUCAAAACCGUUUGUGAGAGCGACGAGGCCUUCAACGAAGUCACCAAAACGUGUCAAAACUGUCACAUUUUAUAUGGAAAUGCAUGUCAGAAGUGUGUGAGUGACACGUGUACGUUGUGUGAUUUAAAGUAUCGUUUAGACAGUACUGGGCACUGCACUUCAAUUGAAAAGUGUUUGAUUUAUUCUUCAAGUUAUUGUGUAGAAUGUGAGAGUGGGUAUUGGGCGGACAGUCAGUGUGUUUCGUGUCAAAUUGGAUGUCAAAAGUGUACCAAAAGUGGGUGUACCUUAUGUGAGAACAACAGCUCGUUAAUUCUUAAUGGAAAUUGUGUCCCAAUACCAAAUAGUUUAAUUAUAGUUCCACAAACUAUAAUUGCCUGUGAGAGGAAUUAUUACUCGACGACUGUAAUGUGUGCGUUGUGCACUUCUAAGUACCCAAACUGCGAGGAGUGCAAUACUAAAAGUUGUUUAAAAUGCAAUUUGGGAUAUGUUUUAAUAGGACAAGAUGGCUCUUACAGCUGUCAGGAUAUGCACUGUAAGACGAUAAAAACGCCUGAGAAGUGUUUAGAGUGUUCAGAAGAGUAUUUUCUGAAUAUAGAAGGGGACUGUGUGCCUAUAAUUGAACACUGCAGAUAUUAUGAUACCACCAAAUGCAUUGAAUGCGACAGUCCAAAUUAUUAUUUAGUAAAUAACAAAUGCACGACGAAUGAAUCGGAAACUCAUUGUUAUCAAUCGACUCAGAUAGGGUGUGUGGAGUGUGUUGAUGGGUACUACAGUGACGGCUCAGUAUGUAACAAGUGCAACACGAAAUGUAAAAAGUGUGUCUCAACCUUUGAUACGUGCACAUCGUGUAUAACUGGUGCUUCACUAAUUGAUAACAAGUGCGUCACGGUCUUCUCAUUAGAAGGGAUUUGUCUUCAAUUCAAUCAAUAUGGAUUUUGCACAGCAUGUAACACGACAUAUUAUGUCUCCGACGGGGGGUGUCUUCAAUGUACAUCUCCAUGUCAUGAGUGUCUUUCCAGUGGUAAAUGUACUAAUUGUAUCUCAAACUAUUACUUACUAGAUAAUGGAAAGUGCGAGUUAAUAAGUUCGAUUCUUCAUUGUAAGACAGCACAGACGAACAUUGGGUGUGUCAUAUGUGACGACGGAUUCUAUUUAAAAUCGAAAAUCUGUGUUAAAUGUGGAGAAGAGUGUAUUUCAUGUACUUCAGAGAGUCUCUGUCUUAAUUGCAGUAAUAAUAAAAUGAUAGAAAAUGGCGCUUGUGUGGAUAGAAUGGAAAUUAAAGGGUGUACCACACUCGUUAAUUCUUAUUGCGAAAAGUGCGACUUCUGGAAAAUGCCAUCUGAAGAUAAGACGAACUGUAAGAGUCACGUUGUGUGGUGGGUCAUUCUGCUUCUCACAAUUGUGGCGGUCGUCAUAUUGAUAGUAACCAUUUUAAUUGUUAUAUAUAUAGCAAUUGUAAUAAUGAGGCACAAAGAGCAACACAUUCGCUAUACAAAGUACCACAUUUUCAUGUUAAAAAAGGCAAUACACCAGAUCGAGUACUUUCCUCUGAAUACUGAAAGUGCUUUAGUGAUGUCUCCAAAGGAACUUUCAUUUAGUCCAGAAGCGCAUCAGAUACCCGUUGAUGAAGAUACGAGUCUUCAAGUGAUCAUUGGGAAUGUCGGCAAUUCCCCACAGAAAAUCCAGUUUGUGACAUUUAAAAGAAAGAGGAAGUACAUCUUGAAAUUUUCGCCAAAGGUGGUUGUGUUACGACGAGGAGAAGCGUGUGAAUUUACUUUGACGAUUCAUCCCAUUUGCUCCUUAAAAAUCCGUGACAAAAUUGGAGUCGUGUCCUGCGCUCUAAAAACUGGAAAUGAGAAAGUUAACGAAGUGAGUGUUUUCGCAGAGACAAUGUUAUCAACAAAACUCGACAAAGACAAUUUAAAGGAAAUCUCUGUGAUCGGAGAAGGCUCGUUUGGUGUUGUCUUUAAAGGGACUUUUAAUGACCAAAUAGUAGCUAUUAAGCGAAUUAGAACGGAAACUAAUAGAGACGACGCCUUCGAAGAAUUCGAAAAAGAAGUUUCCAUGUUAGACAAAUUUAGAUGUGAGUAUAUCGUCCACUUCUAUGGAGCCUGUUUUCUGCCGAAUUAUUUGUGUUUGGUAACAGAAUUGGCUGAAUUCGGAAGUAUCCAAGACGUAAAAGAUAAAAUGCCAAUCGACAUCUAUCCUCUGCAUUUAAAAACAAAGUUAAUGGUGGACGCGGCAAAAGGAGUCGAGUAUUUACAUAUCAAUGGCAUUUUCCAUAGAGAUAUCAAACCAGCUAAUAUACUCGUGACUUCUUUGGCAGAGGGACAAAAAGUCAACGCAAAAUUGACGGAUUUCGGUAGCUCAAGAAAUGUAAAUUGUUUGAAACAAAACAGCACGUUUACUAAAGGAAUUGGAACACCACUGUAUAUGGCACCCGAAGUAUUGAUAACUGGAAAAUAUGGGUUUGAAUCUGACACGUACUCAUUUGGUAUGUCAUUAUAUGAAGUAAUAGGGUGGUGCAGUGCUUUUUCAGAGUGCAGAUAUGUAUGGAACAUUGCAUCAAAAACAUCAAACGGAGAACGACCAGCGUUUUCCCCAAAUCACAAACUGUUUGAAGAUGUAAUUGCUUCGUGUUGGCGACACGAAAUAAAACAAAGGAUUUCUAUGAGCGAAGUUGUUCAGAAAUUAGAAAUUAUAUACGAGAAUCUCAACCAAAACACUGAUAAAAAUAGCAAAGCGCCACAAUUUUUAUUGUUGUAA